AUGGCCAGUGCCGUCGCGCGCGCGGCGCCUCCCAUGCCACUGCUCCCGUGGCUUCUCCUAUCGAAGUACGACGGCAAUAUAACCAAGUCGGCUUACUGCCCUGAGGACGGCACUGUCGUGACGGUGCCCAGAAAGUCCGUGGUGUGUUGGAUCAUCGGCGGCCAUGACGGCGGCUGGCUUGUCUACUACCUCCUGGCUCUAAGGAUCGUGAACCUGUUCUCCGGCGUAGAGGUGACGCUGGCCGAGAAGCAGAGGCAGGUCGUCCGUGCAACCCAUGUCCAUCUUUUGAAAAUUGUAUUCUCCCAGGCGCCAACCUCGGGUGACUGUAUCCUCGCCGCCAUGACACUCAGCUGCGGCGUUGCCCUCUGUAGACUUGGUUGUACCGAGGGCGGAUGGACGAUACAAGGAUCUCCAUCGGGAAACCUUGCCGACAUCACCUUCUGCAACGGGAAUCUCUAUGCCCUAUACUAUCAAGGUGUACUCGUCAAGUUUGAGAUUGGCGUGAACAAGGACGGUGCGCCCAUGAUCACUGCUGCCUAUCCGUUGGUGGUCAACCAUCCUAGCAGUAUAGACUAUGUCAAAGAUUACCACAUAUUCGAUAUGAAUGGAAAGCUUGCUCUAGCCUUCAAGACCACAUGGUCUAUAAGCUCGGAGCCUUUCUUCAAGGUGUUCCUGCUUGUUGACAUCCAUGAUGAUGGAUCCAAGGCACAUUACAAGCACAAGUGGCUAGAGGUGACAAAUUUGGAUGACUACGCCUUAUUUUUAGGGAAGACAUUCUCUAAGGUGGUGCACGUGCCAGCGGAUACACAUUGCAACAUAAAGAGAAACCGCAUAUACUACACCCGUCAUGGUUGCUUAGAUAAACACGGUGUCAUCCCUAGAAGCACCGUAUUCUUGGCAACCUGGAAUGACAGCGACCACCAGAUAUACUACAUGGAAGAUGACAUGAAGAAAGACGUGGCUGGUGAUGACCUGAAGAGGAUCAGGUCGAUACAAUACUUCAUGAAGGGUAGUACCAGUAGGUCCAGUACAAAUGGUGGCAUGUGGGUUGUGCCUCCGGACAUAUAG